AUGGGGAUAAAUAAUUACUUUAUGAAAUAUAUAAAAAUAACAUAUAUAUGUAGAAGGCGAAAUGAAAUGAAUAAAACUAUAAAAAAUUUAAAAAAUAAUAUAUAUACAUAUAAUAAUUAUUGUUGUGAUAAUAUUAUAUAUCAUACUAAUGAACAAGAUGAAAUAAAUAAUUCAAGAAAUUGUUAUAAUGUAAAUAUUGAUAAAAAUGUUGAAGAAAUUAUAAAUUUAAUUAGUCCUGUAAAUUUGUAUUGUGAUCAAAAUAAAAAUAAAAAUAAAAAAUACAUGUUGAAAUAUAAAAUAAAUGAACUAAUUGGUGUAAGAGGAAAACGAGAACAAUAUAGAUACACAUAUCUAAAAUCGCCAUUUAAAUAUAAAUAUGCAUUAAGACAUUAUGUUUUUGAGAAAUAUAAAUAUAAUUUUUAUUUUUUUAAUAUUACCCAUUUUAAUAUAAAUAUUAUUUUUAAUAUUAUUUUAUCAUCUAUGACAAAUGAAACAUCAGUUAAAUGUAACAUAAAUUGGUUUUAUCCUGGUGAAUAUUUAUUUCAUUCUGAAUUUUUGCGUAACUGUUUUAAAAAUGUAAUCGAGGAAAUGGAUAAAAAGGUAGGAAAUUCUGAUAUUAUCGAAAAUACAUUAGGUCGGAAAAUAGAAAAGCAGCUAAAAGAAAUAUAUAAAAAUGGCGAAUCGAACGGUGCUGGCAAUGGCGAAGCGAAUGAUGAUGACAAUAACAGUGUGCCAUGCUAUUCACGAAUAAAUUUAAGCUUAAAUAAAUAUAACAUCCAAGAUUUGUUACCAAUAUUUUUUCAAAAUAAGUCGUUUAGUGAAAAUUAUAAAAAGUUAAUUUUGUUAGAAGAGAGAAGCUUAAAACAAACAAAAAAUAAAAUUAGAAAAAAAAAUGUCCAUUGGUUUUUGAAUAAAAAUUCAAAUGCUUAA